ACUUGUUGAAGACGAAGCUUGUUACACUUUUGUGUGUAUCGUGAAGACCAGACCCUACUUGUUGAAUUAUACCUUGAAGAUCCUUUUGAACUAAUCUUUUGAGCUCGUUGUUGGAGCCGGGCAGAAUAAGCACCAUCGCAAUCUGACUGUUAUCGUUCUGGUCCUGGAUAUUUGUCUAAAAACUGACGAAAUCAACGCGUUGACUUUGCUUUUGAAAUCGAUCCGUCUGCCUAGGCCAGUGCUUGGUGGGAACUUCUGCUGCGACCGCAUGCGACAUGGCUCAGAUGACACAAAGCACAAUGCAGCUAGUGUUGUUAGUGAUAGCGCUGGCAACUCAUGUUUCCAUGACGAGCGGAAACACAAAUGAAGGAUGUGGUGACGCAGUAACAUUUGAGGAGGGCUUUGGGGGCUAUAAAAACGCCUCAGACACACCCAACUAUUGGGAACGUACAGAAUCCUAUAUGGGAAGGCAAGGGUACUCCCUGACUACGGAGUUUCAGUCCACUGCUGAUCGGUAUGCCAUACUGGAAUCACGUGGUAUCAAACCAAAAGAGAACGUGUCCUGCAAUCUGCAGUUCUGGUAUUACGCAGGCCUUUCCGUCGACCUUCGAGUGGUGGCUUCACCAGUCAGGAACCUUACAGCGUUUCCCCAGACCAUCUUGAAUCAGACUCGCGUGGUGGAGAGUGGGUGGGUGAAGAUGACUACCAGGUUCAUCACCCUAAGUCGGCGACACAGAGUUUCUUUCACGUUUUCAGACCCUUUUUCGUUUUCCACAACACGCUCGGCCGUCGACGACAUCCAAAUGUGCUGUACACCAUUUUGCCUUCUGCCAGUGAUACGCAAUGGAGUUGCUCAAGGCCUGCCGUCACCCUUCAGCGGCAGGUUCAGUGAAUAUAAAAUCUCGUGCAAUCAUGGAUACGUUUUGACAAACGAUACCUAUGACCGCAUAUGCAGAGACCCUUCCGGGUUUACAGCGCCGCCGACUUGCGAAGUAUUUUGCCGUCUACCAGUGAUAAGCAAUGGAGUUGCACAGGGCUUGUCGUCAGCUUUCAACGGAAGUUUCAGUGAAUAUAACAUCACCUGUGACCAGGGAUACGUUCUGACAAACAACACCUAUGACCGCUUCUGCAGAGACCCUUCCGGGUUCACAGCGCCGCCGACUUGCGAAGCCUUUUGCCCUUUGCCCGCUAUACACAAUGGACAACCGCGGGGCUUAGGCUCCUCCCACAGAGAAAUUCAUAUCGUAUCCUCUGCAGGACACGUAUACAAGUACAAAUAUAAGCAAUACGUCGUACUGUGCAAUCAUGGAUACGCGGUCUUUAACAAGGACUAUAAUCGCACCUGCCAACAUCCGUCAGGGUUUACAGCGCCUCCCAGCUGUACAGCUAUCACUUGUAAAGAUCCUGCCACACCCCGAAAUGGCAGUAAGAACAUCCAGGGCCUCAGCUACAACAGCCAUGUCAACUUCACCUGCGAUGAGGGUUUCAAUCUUAUCGGCUCGCCAAAAGCUACGUGUACCGGCCAGGAUAAGUGGUCGUCUGCUGCUCCAACAUGCGCACCACAAUCAUGUCGUGCCCCUAAUGCACCAGCGCGCGGCUCCUUCAGGAAUUCAGAGCAGUUAGAACGGUACGCAGGUCAACUCUACCAGUACACGGAUGUGGUUACCUGGGCAUGCUCAGAUGGUUCACUGCUCCAUGGAUCAAAUACAUCCCAAUGUCUGGCUAACGGAACAUGGAGUACUUACCCACCAAUCUGUAAAGAAACUAGCUUUGGUGUUGGCGUAGAGUGUGGCGGGUUUGAACUACACUUGCGACGGUUUCCUGCCACCUUUGGAGAUGCGAACAAGGACUGCAGGCUGGGUGGCCUGAAGCUGAUACGAUUUACACAACACGAGCAACUGACCAAUAGCACGUGUUACAAGAAAGUAACAAGAACCGUAUUGGAUGAAGGAUCGGGUGUGAUGUGGAUCAAGUACCGAGAUCACCGGAAGGAGGCCAGAAUGAACCUGGCAACUGAGCGUAUUGAAUACAAUUCACCUGGAACUGGCACCAUGGCUAGCUAUAUAUGUAUUUUCUUUCUUAGGAAGGCACAAACACAAACAGAGUCAACUACGACACCGACUUCGAACAAGACCCCAGUCAAGAAAUCCAAUUCUACAACUCUAAUAGCAGGAGGCGUAGGCGGUGCUGCCGUCAUCCUCAUCGUUUGCGUGGCAGUAUUUGUGAGCCGCAACAAAUCGGAAAAGUUGCCACCAUACGUUCCUACAUCUGCCGCUGGUAAUGAUGAUAAGUUCUCUUCUUGGAUGUCGAAACUAAGAGACCCGAAGGCAUCUAGCACUGCUACUGAUAGCAAUGCACAAGAUGAAAAGAAGACGCGACCUGCCAAUGUCUACACCGAAGUGCCGGAGAUCGGCGGCAGCUCGCCCCUUGAGGGACCUGCCCUGAUCAGCACCUUCUUCGAAAACGAGCAAGAAUUCAACGCGGCGCUGGAAUGCAGUGGUGGUGCGAAAGGACACGACGAGAUCGGGCGCCACGCCUCUGCUAGCACCAUCCAUUCCAUGACAUCUGUCAGCGAGGAGCUGUAUGACGACGUGCAAGGAUUAGACGGGGAUCGCCAGCAGAGCGGAUGGCAAGGCCUAAGCCCUGGCAAUGAUAAGAACGCGCGGAAGAAAAACUCCGCCUCGCAGCAUGCCUCUGAUGAUGACGGACAUUAUGACACGUACGAUACAGCUACCUAGUACGUAUAGUGCGAGUAGAAGGUGAAGGCCAAUGACACGCAGACUGCUGUUCACUCGGACUUGCCCGCACCCUGCAUUAAAAUAAUGAUAGGUGUCUCCAUGCUUUCUUUUUUAAAAGGAAGCAAAUUGUUUUUUAUUUUCGUGAGUCGAAUAUUUUGCCCAAUUGUUUAUAACAUUGGCAAUCAUUGCACCAUCUGCGCCGCUGUGGAAUGUGCAACUAGUUUUAGGGCUGACAGUAUCCUUCUUAUCGUUGCAAAACGUUUGAUCGCCCUAUCAUGUUGCUGCUUCAACACACUUCACGGUUCUUUUCACGCUUGGUCGUCUUUCUUGUUUUUAUUUUUCCUCGCUUCAUAAUAAUAAUUAAUUAUUGCUCUCCUUCUUUUACGAUCCGUCCAUUUGUGUAUUUGCGUGUGUCUGUCUGUCUGCCCCUCUCUCUCUCUCUCUCUCUCUCUCUCUCUCUCUCUCUCUCUCUCUCUCUCUCUCUCUCUCUCUCUCUCUCUCUCUCUCUCUGCCUCAGGCACAGAGCGGACACAUGUCGUAUUUUGUUGACUUCAGAUGUCAGAACGUUCAAACCCUAUACAGUGCACUCAAGAGUCCAUAAUCUGGGUGAUUAUGGACUCCUGAGUGCAGGUACAUGUAUUACUGGGUGUAGAAAUUUGUAAUCAAUAUUCAUUUUCUGCCUGCAAAUGGGUUGGUUGGUGGGCGGGGUCUGAGAAACACUAAACAUUUCUUCAGUGAUGGAGAGUUACUCUCA